AUGACUAUACGACCAUCGAUUGGCUUCAUGACCUUGUGGGUGGAUGGGCAGAUUUCGGUAACCGAACCUCCUGCUAACGGUUUUCUCAAGGUCAAAGACUCAUAUCGCCAUCGUUCCCUGCAUGGGCGAAAGGGUUUUCGGGACUCGCUUGUUUCGGCGUUUGAUUCAUGCCAGGGCUGGAUCGCGGCGGCGCUCAUAGGGACAUUGACAGCUUGUGUCGCAUUCCUGGUGGACAUUGCCGUGGCCACAGCCAGCGACUGGAAGACGGGGUAUUGCAAGACCAAUCCCUUUGCGAGCAAGGAGGUUUGUUGUACGCCGUCUAAGGCUCCGUUCAAUUCAUGGGCGGAUACGGGCGAAAGUUGCCCGGAGUGGAGGUAUUGGGCGAGUAACUACUGGCAAGGUUUUUGGAUAUAUGUUGGUUUCGCCCUCCUCUUCGGCAUCAUCAGUGGGACCGUGACCCUCACGACAAAAAGAGCGCUCCCGGCGACGGCGCCAGGUUCGGGAGAUAGAGUAUCUUUGCAAAAUCAAAACAGUCAAUUCGAUGGUCUGGAUGGCGCCAACGCCGCGCCCCCAGUGGGCAAGUCAAUCUACAUGGCGGCAGGGAGUGGAAUACCCGAAAUCAAAACCAUCCUCUCAGGGUUUGUUAUCCCACACUUUCUUGACUUCAAGGUCCUGCUUGUCAAGGCCGUCGGAUCCACAUUCGCGGUAUCAACUGGCAUGUGUCUCGGUAAGGAAGGUCCCUUUGUUCACAUCUCGACUUGUGUUGCCUACCUUGUUGCCAUCAGGUUUCCUAAAUAUCGUGAAAAUGGUCGCAAACUACGGGAGUUACUGGCAGCUGGUUGCUCCAGCGGUCUGUCUGUUGCAUUCGGCGCACCGAUUGGAGGCGUGCUCUUUUCCUAUGAGGAGAUUGCAACCUACUUCCCUCGUAAGGUGCUAUGGAGGGCUUUCAUCUGCUCCUUAUUUGCGGCAAUGACCCUCAAAGCACUUAACCCGACUGGCACGGGCAAACUGGUUUUGUUCGAGACCAAUUACGGCACGACUUACCAAGCGUAUCACUACGCUGUAUUUGUUGUCCUGGGUAUUGCAGGCGGCAUCUUUGGAGGAGUUUUUUGCAAGGCGAAUUUUUUCUGGUCGAGGAAAUUCCGGAAAUACAACAUCAUCAAGAAUUACCCUGUCUUUGAGGUGUUUAUGGUAGUUCUAGCAACGGCUGUCUUGCAGUAUCCGAACCCACUGACCCGGGAGCCUGGCGAUGUCAUCAUCAAGAAUCUGCUAGUCGACUGCUCGGACAACUCGAGCAUGAGCUAUGUUUGCGUACAGGAAAGGCAUGGUACACCAACACCAAGGUACUUGGGAUGGCUUCUUUAUGGGUCUCUUGUCAAGCUUGUCUUGACAAUAAUUACCUUUGGUAUCAAAGUCCCCUCUGGGAUUAUUAUCCCCGCGUUGGACGGCGGAGCAUUCUUUGGACGCCUUGUUGGCCAGCUUCCAUUCCUUGCAGACACCAUUUCCCCAGGGAUUUUUGCUAUGGUGGGUGCGGGUGCCUUCCUCGCCGGAGUGAGUCGUAUGACCAUUUCGCUGGCAGUCAUCAUGUUUGAGCUCACGGGUGAAUUGGAGUUCAUUGUGCCAAACAUGAUUGGCAUCAUGGUGGCCAAAUGGGUUGCGGAUGCGUUGGAAAGUAAUGGGGUUUACGAUCUGGCUCAAACAGUGCUCGGUCACCCUUUCCUCGACCUUGACCACAGCAUGAAAUGUGUGCAACAAGAAGCGUACCUUGUUGAAGAACUGAUCCCCCCUGCGCAAACGAUGCGUGAGAUCACGGUGGAUAUCCCGGACAGCGGCCUCGUGCCGCAGGCUCUGUUGACAGAGAAGUUACAGCAAUUGCGCCGUCGUGGUCUCAUGGACGCUGGUUUGGUUUUGGUACGCGCAUAUAUGCUUCAAGGCUACCUUGCUGAAGGCGAGCUCGAAUUCGGCCUGGGAACUGUUGGCCAAAGCUUCUCUGAACAAAGCCUUGUCAGGUUGUUGCCCAGCACAACUACUCUCGAAGUGUUGCGACAUGAGGGUGAGUUUGACAUGUCACAAUUUGUUGAUCGCACGCCAUUGUCCGUCUCUGCAAAGGCACCAAUGGAAUAUGCAGUGGAGAUGUUUGGUAAGCUUGGAUUGCGCUAUCUGUGUGUUACUGAGCAUGGUAGUGGGAGGUUGGUGGGUGUGAUCAUCAAGAAGCGGUUGGUUGUGUGGCUUGAGGGGUUGAAGCAUUGA